AUGUCGAGGCUGCCGCCGCGGCGUCCCGACGCGCCUUCCUUCUACGGCGAGUGGCGCGUGGUGGACGAACACGAGUUCAUGAGCCCGACCGUUGCCGACGUGCGCACCGAGUCGGAGUAUUCGCAGGCGGUCGACGAGGGCGGGCUGCUGCAGAAGGAACUUCAUGACCUGCGGUCGACGCUGACGUCGCCCCAAAAUGACUUCACCAAUCGCUUGGAAGAGAUCAACCGUGAGACUGCCGGUAGGUCAAAGCAGUUUGUAUAUGGUGCACACGUUGUUUUAGAACAGCUAGACAGGGCUCGCCAGAAGUUCCUUGCCAUCGAGACCACAUGGCGCAAAAACAACUUCCAGCGCUACCUGGACGACGAGCUGCUCAACUCCGGCCAACACUUGAGCCACGUCGACCGGAAGCUGGCGCAGGCGGUGCGUGAAGUGGUCGAGAUGAAGCGCGAUGCCGAAACGGCGCUGAUAGAGCUGACCAAGUCGGUGGCCAGCGUGGACUCUUUAAUCGGCAAGACAAACCGUCUUAAUCGCAGCAGCCGCGCGUUCAUGCAGAAGGCGAACGCCGAGAAGAACGCAACUUCGUUAUCGCUGAAGGCGCAGCUGUUUAUUGCAGCGCUGCUUUCCUUCGCCGGGUACACGCUGAUGAAGUACCUGGGCUGGUAG